AUGCGAGUUAACAAGAUCCUCGUGGCUCUGUCCGCAAUCCUACCUGUUGCACUUUCUGCCAGCAUUCCAUCCCCAGAGGGACCCUGCCAGCCAGACACCCGAAUGUGCCGCGAGAACGGCUUGUUGCAGUGCAAUUACCAAGGUGAAUGGAAUCUAGUACGAGCAUGUGGCAACACAGCGGUCUGUACCAUUGACGUCGACGACCCCGAUGAUCGCGGCUCUUGUCUCGAGACAAGUUGCGACAACAUCGGCGAAGAGCGCUGCCUCGGCAACGAGUGGCGUCUCGAAUGCAACAACGAGCACCAAUGGAAAGUCGUCGAAGCAUGCCCUGUACCCGGAGUAUGCAACGCACUCAUGAACAAGACUUCCUGCGCGACCAAGAACUUGCCGCCAACGUACCCUGGUCCUCCGACCCCUCCACAGCCCGAGCCGUGCCAGACAGUGGAAGAGGUGCGAUGCUCAAAGUGGUCCAGCGGUCUUCACUACAUCGAAUCCUGCAACUAUGACCAAUUCUGGAUUGCCCGCACAACAUGUGGACCUCAAGACUUCUGUAUGUACUGGGUGCCCGGUAAAAAAGUCGUUUCAGGCAAGGUGAAAUGUAUCUCUAUGGCCGGUAUCCCGCCCACUGUUCCUCCUCCCAAAUCCCUUGACUCUCGGUCGUGGAUUUCGCAAGGAACUCCAGAUGCUCAUAAGUAUUGCGAUACUGGCACGUCUCGCUGCUCUGGCAACAAGCGUCAGGAGUGUGUCGACAACGUCUGGAAAUCUACUAUGUGUCCUAAGACUUCCGAAUGCGUCAGGCAUGACGAUGUCGUGCAAUGCUGGAUGAAGCCACCUACUCCACCGACCGUACCCGAGCCAUGCACACCAGGCGAUCGAAAGUGCGACUCCGACGCAUACGCCCUCAUGAUUUGCGGAGACAACGAGAUGUGGCAUACCGAGAAGAAGUGCACCACUUACGGAGACUGCAUCACUGACAGCCCAGGCCAAGCGCAUUGCGAGACAGGUGGUGUAGGUCCGUCGAAUGUCCAACGUCAAACCAACAGCACCGAAUGUGCCUACGGGGAUUGGGCCUGCGACACCCACCAGCGCUUCAUGUACAAAUGCGCCAAAAACGGUACAUGGUCGGUGCCGUACCAGUGCAGCAGGGCCGGUGGCUGCCAACCCGAGGGACCUACAGAUGCUUUCCCCAAGGGAAGGAUGACAUGUGCGGGCUUUCCGAACUGCGAGUACAUGAUGUAUCUCUACCCUACUGCUGGCUCGCCUGAUGCUGAGACCAAGGAGAAGUACCGCAAGAGCAUGUGCGCGGAUGAGGCUGUAAGUGGACUAUCAUCAUGA